CUAGUUUUACACUAAUUACAAAUUAGGCCCAGAAAAUACUAUAAUAUGGUACGAGAUUCAAUCUCAGCCGUUAAACAGUCCACGACUCACACGAUCCAAUCAUCAUCAGUAAAACUCCACGGUGGACACCACAUCCUCUCUCCCCCUUCUCUCUCUCUGGACAACGGCGCAGCCAUGUCGACGAUUUCACAAACAAAGCCCUAAUUUUCUCUCUCCUAAUUCCUCCCCCAAUUUUGAACAACAGCUUCCAGAAAUCCGUUGAAAUUGAGCCUUCCUUUUCUCGCACAUUUCAAUUUCGGAGGCAAAUUGUUUGAUUCCAAAGUUAUUUGAAACCUCGUUCGUCUUUGAAGAACGAGUUGGUUGGGUUUGAGCUGAGUUGACUCAGCAAUUAAGAUUUGCUGAGCUAGGGAUUCUUCUGUUGCGUCAUCGUUCUUGCAUCGGAUGAUUAAAUUGACAUUGGAGGAUUCACAUUUUGCUAUAGAGUAAAUUAUGGGGAAUAGUGACGUGGAGAAAUCCCCCAAGGAGGGGAAAGAAGCAAAGGAGCCAAAAACUCCUAGUUCACAGGAGCAUACUUCUGGUGCAGUUGCUGCAGAUUGGUCCGGGUUUCAGGCGUACCCUCACAUGCCUCCUCAUGGAUUCAUGACAUCGAGUCCACAAACGCACCCCUACAUGUGGGGAGUUCAGCAAUUUAUUCCACCCUACGGUACUUCACCACAUCCUUAUGUAGCAAUGUACCCCCACGGAGGAAUGUAUGCACAUCCAACUAUGGCUCCGGGAUCCUAUCCUUUCAGUCCUUUUCCUGCUAUGCCUUCUCCAAAUGGUAUUGCUGAAGCCUCUGGUAACACUCCUGGCAACAUGGAGGUGAAUGGCAAGUCAAAUGAAGGGAAAGAAAAACUGCCCGUCAAAAGAUCUAGGGGUAGUUCGGCAAGUUUAAAUGUGACCCCUGGGAAGAAUGCUGAACCUGCAAGAUCUGUGUGUGCAUCUGAAAAUGGUGCUUGUUCCAAAAGUGCUGGGAAUGACAGUGAAGGUUCAAGCGAUGGAAGUGAUACGAACUCUCAAAGUGAAUCUCCAAGGAAAUCCAACGGCCGACAAGAUUCAGCUGAACCAUCUCAGAAUGGUAGUGCUGCUCACAGUUCUCAGAAUGGAGGAUCAAGUACACCACAUGCAAUUGUAAAUCAGAAUAUGGGUAUGGUGCCUAUGGGUGUUGUCAGUGGAGUUGCGGGUCCCACCACUAACUUAAACAUCGGCAUGGAUUACUGGGCUGCCGCUCCCGCUUCUGCUGUUCCUGCAAUGCAUGGGAAGGUGCCUUCUGCUCCAGUUCAAGGAGGGAUGCUUCCUAAUGAAUCACAGCUUUGGAUACAGGACGAAAGGGAACUUAAAAGACAGAGAAGAAAGCAGUCGAACAGGGAAUCUGCUCGUAGAUCCAGAUUGCGCAAGCAGGCAGAAUGCGAUGAACUGGCCCAGCGUGCUGAAAUUUUACAAGAAGAAAACGCAUCUCUCAGGGCAGAGUUGGCUCGUAUAAGGAGCGAAUAUGAGCGUCUUCUUGCUCAAAACGCAUCUCUUAAGGAGAGACUUAGUGAUAAUCAAGAAUCGGGCGACGAUGAACGAUACAGUGGGCAAGAAGAAGAUCACAUUCAAUAGUGGGUAAUUGAAUCUUCAUGCUAAUCGACUUUUGUAGCUUUUAGCUCUAACUUCUAGCGAAAGAGAAACCACCGUUACUAAUAUGCAUGCAGUUGAAAGUUUGUUAUAACUUACCGUUAAAUAGUUUCGUGAUCUUUUGUAUCGAAUAGUGCUCAUUCUUCCUAACUUCGACCAAUUUUUUUUGGUCUAGAAGUGCAGAUUGUAGGUAAUAUGACUCUCUCUACCCUCAUUAACUUAUAUGUUGAAAGGAAUAUUAAUUAAUACAUUUUAUUAUACAUA